AUGGACGAAUUUAAUCUUUUCAAGUUUUUGAAUGAUGACAAUGAGAUCCUUCAGGCUGAAGACCAACAUUCCAGGGACUUUCCCACUUUUCGUGUACAUUUUGGUGAAUAUUUUGACGAUUUUCUACCCUCUCAAGCUCAAAAUCCGCACAAUCCCGAGUCCACCGAGUCAGCAACAAACGAAGAAAGUCAAAAGCCACCACAAGAGUUAGAUGUUUCAAGAUUUCCUAUCAUUUCAAGCGAUGAAAUACAGGAGCUUAAGUCUGUCGCUUCGAAUAAAAAUACGUCCCGCUCCAAAAAACAAUGGAUGAAUGUUUUCAGAAGCUGGUGUCAAUGCCGCCAUCUUGAAUAUGUCUCCAUCGAAAAAAUGGCGCCUGAAAAACUUGACAAGGUCUUGAGUAAGUUUUACGCCGAGGUGAAAAAAAAGGACGGAGAUGACUACGAGCCAGAAUCCCUUAAAAUCAUGCAGAGUGCCAUUGAACGGUAUCUAAAGGAGAAGAACUAUCCAUUGAGCAUCGUGCGAUCGAGAGAGUUUCACUCCUCACAAGAAAUCCUCAAUGCGAAAGCAAUUUCCCUACAUCAACAAGGAAAGGGAAAGAGACCCAACAAAGCUCAGCCAAUCACACCUGAAGAAGAGUCAGCCCUGUGGGAAAAAGGUCAGUUGGGUGAUUUUAAUGGAAAGGUCUUGACCAAUGUCAACUUCAAAAAUUUGACAGAACAACUGGGAUUUCGUGGUCGUCAAGAACACUACGAUGCAUACGUGGAAGACGUAAUUAUAAGACAGCGAGAAGCUGGAACUGAAGUUGUUGAGCUCAGGGAAGGUCCCACUAAAACGCGGAGCGGUGGUCUCACCAUCAGGCGAAAAACAACACCACAGGCAAUGUUCAGCACCGAUGGCGGAAAAAGCGAUCCAGUGCGGCUAUUCAAGCUUUGA